AUGACUGGCACUUUUAAAAACUUGGGGAUUGGGACCGAGCACACACCACAGGAUCACCCCACCAACAAAAAAGCACCAGCCAACCAGGACAGCGGCGGUACAUUCCGCCCUGGGAGUGGGAGGGUUGUUUCUUAUGAGGAUUAUCAUACCAUGCUUCAAUAA